AUGCAGUCUACGGGUGUAAAAAAAGUACGCGCUAGGCGAAACAAGAGAGGCCCUCGCCGAGUUCCACUCGACCAGACAGUGGUUUUCAACCAGGAACAGAGCCAGGACGACAGUGCCAACGUACCUAUCGGGCAACCACGCAUAAGCUGGCCAGACACCUUAGCUGCGCUCGAAAAGGAGUCGCUUGAUUCCCAAAUACACAGACACAAAGAAUGGAAACGAAACGGGUCCAUCCAUGAGGAUUACUGUCGCGUGUGUUGGGAGUCGGAUCGACUCGAGCCAUGCAUGACCUGCCGCCUGGCACUGCAUGGCGAGUGCAUGCCUGCUGGGUGGCUGCGGAACGCAGAAAACCAGCUCUUUUGCGCCGUGUGCGUGCGUCGCGGCUGGCAUGUAGCUCCUCCUGCGCUUACCCCACCCGCUUCGCCACGAUUGGCAGAGGGACGUGGUGGUCCUGCUGCGGCUGUUCCGGCAAUAGAGCUUGACAAUAUUUCUGUGGCAACUCCGCGCUCUCAUGCUGCACCCCUGCAUGGACAACCACAGGCCUCCUCAACGCAUGAACAAAGCAUCAGUGACAGACAGGAUAUACCAGCGACUGCUCCAGUCCAGGAAGCCUCACCCAACAAUGAAGAUAUCGGUGUAAACGGGAAUACACAGCCCAGAGUCUCGCAGCCGCCACGCCAGCGAAAAUCGCGGUAUAUAAGCCUGCGCAGCGAGGUCGAUGCCGCAUUCAAUGUGCUAUACCGAGAGGUUGAGGCAAGUGAAGCACUGAGGCUAGAAAAUGAGAACCUCCGCAAUGAAAAUGCCCGAUGCAUGCAGACCAUCCAGAUUCGCGACCUUAGUCUGAUGGCUAUGCGCCGGGAGUUAGAACAUCGGCGAUUCUCAGACCAAGACCUCGAAAGGCUGCAGGCGAGUGCGGCCCAGCUCGAACAUGCAAACAGGGAGCUUCAAGAGCUUCGAGCAAAGAAUGAGUCUCUAGAGGCAGAGCUGCAGGUUGCAAGAGAAUCGGCAAAGGAAGUCCAAGAUUGGAAGGCGAAAUUCGUUGAGCUGAUGAAUACGUGA